CUUCUCGGGUCAGCCGUGAUCUGGAUUCAGAAUCGAGGUGCGAAACCACACGCGCUCCUUCCACUCCGCUCUUCCUUGGGGGAACCGCCUGCACACCUGCGAGUGAAUCACGCUCGCUUGGGAAGGCGCAACGCUUGGAGGCGCGUGAUUCCUCUCUCUGUCUCUCUCUCUCUUGCACCCCCCUCCCUCUCUCGCCGCCUUAGUCAACACCCGCACUCCUGCCCUCCCAAACUCCAGCUCUUUGGCUUCCCAUCUUGGAGAAAACGAGGUGGAGGCGCUGGCAGAAGCAGUGACUCAUGCCUGCGUCGCAACAGAUCAGCCGGCGAUUCGAGCUUUUUUAAAAAAAGCGAAUCUCAAGUAUUGGGGGGGGGGGCGCUAAGGUCAUCUCGAAUUAAAUGCCAGGGAAGCCAUUGAUAUUCCGACGUCGUUCGUGGCGGAGUUUAUAAACGGCGAAGUUCUUCCAAAACGAAGAUUUCUCCAUCCUCCGCCGUUUGGGUUCCUGGAGUUGGAGCCUGGGUUGUAAAUCACUCUGCUGGGAUCGGAGGAAGGCUAAGGCAAGAAGAAGACGACGACGAAGCAGCCCGGGAUCCAAGGGCUUUGCCUCAGCACCUCAUGGCGACCUCGGACCCGUCCUCGUCCAACACGGCUCCGGAUCCCAAUCCGAGCAACUUGCGACCCACAACUUAUGACACCUGGUGUGGUGUGGCUCAUGGCUGCACGAAGAAAAUCGGGCUGAAGAUAUGUGGGUUCUUGCAAAGGAACAACAGCCUGGAAGACAAGAGCCGGCUGGUGAGCGCGCUCAAGGAAAGGCAAUCUUCCAAGAACCUGCUGGCCUGCGAGAACAGCGAGAAGGAAACCCGGUUCCGGAGGACCGAGACGGACUUCUCAAACCUCUACGCCCGGGAUCUGCUACCAGCUAAGAAUGGUGAGGAGCAGACGGUGCAAUUCCUCCUGGAGGUGGUGGACAUUCUCCUGACGUAUGUGAGGAAGACCUUCGACAGGUCCACCAAAGUCCUGGACUUCCACCACCCACACCAGCUCCUGGAAGGCAUGGAAGGCUUCAACCUUGAGCUGUCUGACAACCCAGAGUCACUCGAGCAGAUCCUGGUGGACUGCAGGGACACACUGAAAUAUGGAGUCAGGACAGGUCACCCUCGCUUUUUCAACCAGCUUUCUACAGGGCUUGAUAUCAUUGGCUUGGCUGGAGAAUGGCUGACGUCUACUGCUAAUACAAACAUGUUUACAUACGAAAUUGCACCUGUUUUUGUCCUCAUGGAACAAAUCACGCUUCGAAAAAUGAGAGAGAUUAUCGGAUGGUCAAAUAAAGAUGGAGAUGGAAUAUUCUCACCGGGUGGUGCUAUAUCCAAUAUGUAUAGCAUCAUGGCUGCCCGCUACAAAUAUUUCCCAGAAGUCAAAACCAAAGGCAUGGCUGCAGUGCCUAAACUGGUCCUCUUUACCUCAGAACAUAGUCACUACUCAAUAAAGAAAGCUGGAGCUGCGCUUGGUUUUGGAACAGAAAAUGUGAUUUUAAUAAAGUGCAACGAAAGAGGCAAAAUAAUACCAGCUGAUUUGGAAGCCAAAAUUCUGGAAGCCAAACAAAAGGGAUAUGUUCCCCUUUAUGUGAAUGCAACUGCUGGCACAACAGUUUAUGGGGCCUUUGACCCAAUUCAGGAGAUGGCGGACAUUUGCGAUAAAUACAACCUUUGGCUCCAUGUGGACGCUGCCUGGGGCGGAGGAUUGCUAAUGUCCAGGAAGCAUCGUCAUAAGCUGAGUGGCAUAGAAAGAGCCAACUCUGUCACAUGGAAUCCACACAAGAUGAUGGGGGUUUUAUUACAAUGUUCUGCCAUUCUUCUUCGGGAAAAGGGCAUACUUCAAGGUUGCAACCAGAUGUGUGCAGGAUAUCUGUUCCAACAAGACAAGCAAUACGAUAUAACUUAUGACACUGGGGAUAAAGCAAUACAGUGUGGUCGCCAUGUGGACAUAUUCAAAUUCUGGUUGAUGUGGAAAGCCAAGGGUACAGUGGGAUUCGAAAGUCAGAUCAACAAAUGUCUUGAAUUAGCAGAAUACCUCUAUAAUAAAAUUAAGAACAGAGAGGAGUUUGAGAUGGUUUUCGAAGGAGAGCCUGAACACACAAAUGUUUGCUUCUGGUACAUUCCACCAAGUCUCAGAGGGAUCCCAGACUCAGAGGAGAGGAGAGAAAAGCUACAUAGGGUCGCACCCAAAAUCAAGGCGCUGAUGAUGGAGUCAGGUACCACGAUGGUUGGAUAUCAGCCACAGGGAGAUAAAGCAAACUUCUUCCGAAUGGUUGUCUCAAACCCUGCAGCUGCCAAGUCUGACAUUGACUUCCUCAUUGAGGAGAUAGAAAGACUGGGGCAAGAUCUGUAAUCCCCUCAAAUGACCCGUUUUACUUCUCUAACAGCACUAUUUUCCGGUACUGGCUUCUUCCGGUUUUGGUUUGUUUGGGUUUUUUUGUAACCACUUCUGUAGAACACAUUUCAAGGUAAUCCCUUUCUAAAUGUUUGAUUCUUCUGAAACACCCUCCUUAAAGAAAAACAAUUACAAAAAAACCCCUGUAUAUUAUGAAACAUAUAUGUGUAUUAGUAGGUUAUUUUACCAAAAGGGGAAAAUAUAUUAUCUUAAAAUGCAUUGUCCGCCCUUAUUUAAAAGCCUGGCAAAUCUAGUUAGCAGGAAGCUAAUAGUAUUAAGGUAGGCAAUUAAGAACUCUGCACAACAGAUGUGUACAGUAAUAUAUAUAUAAUAUAAAUAAAUGAAUAUAUAUAUAUAUUAUAAAUAAAGGGGUGAUGAGCCUAAGAGUAAUUCACAGUGUAUUUUCCAGUGCAGAGGUGUUCUCAGUCAAGGACUGCUCCUACACAGCUCCAUUUGAAUUAAUGAGGCUUGACCAGAGCAAUGCUUGGAAGAUUAUACCCCAACACCCUCAUUGCUUGGGAGUAACCUCCCUUGGUUUGAAUGGAUAGCACUGGGCACCAUCCACCUCCCUAAGUUUCUCCUGAUUUUUUAAUGGGCGCAGUCAAGCCAAAGGUGAGCAUUUUGAAGCCCCUCUGGAAUCAAAGGAACUUAAGAGGACUUAGCUUUGACUGGAUCAUGGCCAGGAUGUACAAAUAUUUAGGACUGGGGUGGGAGGAAGCUAAUGUUUUCACCUAAAAGGUAAAUCAUGCAAUAACUGGGCCGAUGUCAUAUCCCAGACGAAAUUAGGUAUGUAUGGGGGAAACGUUUUUAAAGAUGUAGAUUCUUAGGAACUAAGGAAAAUGUUUAACCUUAUUUAAACUUUGUUGCUGGUGCUUCUCUGAUGUAUAAAAGAAACAGCAACGCUUUCCUAAAGAGAACCACCUACUAGAUGUAUAUAUGCCCCCAUUAGUUGUCCUAUCAGGGGAUAGUAGUAGCUGAGAUGUUGUGAUAGGCCAUAAUAUUAUUGUUGUAUUUUUUAGAAUUUGAUUUGUGUAGAUUGUAUACAUUACUGUUAGACCGCGGGAGGAGGGAGGAACUAAAUGUAAUAGUUUUCCAGCAAGAUAACUGUUCAGUUCUCGGUAUAUGAACUGUUUGUUUUCUUUAUAUGCAAAGAUUUACCAUGCUAAAGAGCUGUCUUGUAUUUUCUUCCAUUUGUAAUGUAUCCUAUUUAUAUAAUUAUCAAAGUUCUAAAUAAUGUUUAUUGGUAUUUUAGUGUAUUUGUGAGCCAAAGAGAAGAUUAAAAAUUAGUCAAAACGUUUAUAUAAUAGUGCCCUUAAAACAAUAACUUAAUAGAUGAUUUUACUGUCUAUAAGGAAUCCUAACACUGUAUAUAGACUUUAGCCUAAUGAAAUACUUUCAUUUUAAUAGAAUUGUCGCCUUUACUAAUUGUACUGUAGUCUGGCUGUACGUUCUGUGUUCUGGGUGCUUUUUUAGUGAAUCAUGAAUGCUUACAUUAGCCGCUGCAUACUCCUGGUAGUUUAGGGCCAAACUCUGUAAUUUAUUUAGAUAAAUUCUGUGGCAAGAUACCCAAAGAGUGGCGAUGAUUCUGUGAACAUGCUCUCGGAUCUCAUGAACCUCAGAAGGGUACCACAUCAUCAUUUGGAGUUUAUAAAAGAGAAGGAAAAGCUUGCCACAGGAUAUUUCACGUAUGUAUGGCUGCCUUGCCACAGUGAUUUCCACAUGGUUAAAGAUAUCAGAUUUGCCUCAGAUUUUAUUUGCUAGGUAGUCAGUAUUACAGAUUCUCAGUCAACUGCCCUUCUAGGAGCUAACAAAGUCGCAGAACCGAUAGAACUGCCUGCCAACAGAGUAACUUGACUCAAGCAACAUCUUCUGACUGAAGAGCCUUCCCGAAUAUGCUGCUAUGGCUUUUAGCUUCAGUUUUAAGGCCUCGCUUUUCUAGCACAUCAUAAAUGCUAAGGACUACAGCCCUGCACCAAGUGACCAACACGUGGGUCCCAUGGAAAGGAAUGGAAUGUAUAUACGUCAACUGAAGUUUUGCACAGGUAACUUUAUGGCCUGGAUUAAAACAAAGCAAGCGAUUGCUUUGUUGGAAAACAUUAGCAAUAUUUCGACGAAUGUUUGUUGGCAUAUGUGUAGCUUUUACCUUUUUGGUUUCCAAGUGGGGAAUGAACAGCAUUUAAAAGUUGCUCCCCGCCCCCAUGCCCCCCCUCUGCUUUGGGUGUCCUCUCUCUCGCUCUCUGUCUCUGGUUGGUUCUUUCUCCUGUGAUCAGCGCUCCUGGAUCGAGAUGUGUCUAGACUGCCCUAAAUGUGUUAAAUGUCCAUAUGGCAUUUUUAAAUAGCAUUUGGAUGGAACAACCGAGAAGCCGUUUGCAAAGAGUCUUAACAUCUGCUGCCUCUAAUUAAUCUCCAAAUAUAGAAAGUUUCGCUCUGAAAUGAAAAAGGGAGAGCCACAUCUGUAUUUUUUUUAGGCAUGGUGUGAUAGGUUUCUCGUUCUGUUUCUAGUGAAGGAACUUCCUGCCCCCCUCUUUAAUCUUUCCAAGACAGUGCAGUAAAGAUAAUGGGCUCUUCCUGUUCUAUGACCCCCUUCUUGCAUCUCGACUUUAACAUCUAGGGGAUGAUCUAUGUUUGUUAUCUAAUCCAGAGCCGUAGUGAUCAUAAAACCACUCUGCAGUCCUGUGCAGUAGACAUCCUGCUAUUUCUGCUUCGGAACCAUCAUUUUGUUUUACGCAGCUCCUAACACAGGACAGGUACCACUUCCUUAUAGUCCUUAGAUACAAUCUACCUGCAGGGUGUUCAGACUUGGAGUUAUAUUGAUCUUCAGCUACAAACAAGGAAGCACAAGUCAAUAAGCCUUGUUGUGAGUCGCGCCUACCUUCCUUUGACACUUGGGACUUUGUGUGCAAGUCUCAAUGGUGCAAAGUCUGAACACCUACCACAGGUACCAUCAGCAGUGGCACCCAUGCUAGCUUUUUCUUCUGGUUGAAAUAUGGGAGACUUUCUUCUUAGGCUUUUGAUUUCUUUUCUAAUCGCCAAGCGAAAGGUUGGCAUGCCAAUCAGCUGACUGAUGACAUUAUUUUUUGACUCCAGUCAAAUGUUCUGAGGUUGCCACUGUGUAGAUAUUUGCUUACCUUUCAAAACUCCUUAGGCCAUGCAUAGUGCUUCAAAAGCUCCAAGGAAGAGCUGAUGGGCAGCAGUUGCAAAGCACUGUGCAAGGUGGGAAAAUCCCUUUUGGCUCAGCUGCAUCACCAAUCUACCAGAAACCUGACAUUAUAUACGGCAUCCGGUAUGAGCAGGUACGCGUGGCUUAUCCAAAAAGAGCCUCACAGACCAAAUGUGGAACCCUGGUGGCCCUUAAUAAUAAAAAAUAAUCUAUUACUGGUACCCCACCCAUGUGACUGGGUUGCCCCAACCAUUUUCGGCUGCUUCC